AUGGGUUUUAUUCAUCUGCGUGAUCGUGUACCACAUUCGACGUCGACCAAGAAACUGAGUAAAGUGGAAACCUUGCGAGAAGCUGUCCGCUACAUCCAACAUCUUCAGGAGAUCUUGAACAAUGACAGCGAGAAACCAUUCGAACCUAUUAUUCCAAGUGGUCUCCAAUCUCCGGUCACCGGAGCAUAUGAAUCAGACUCGCAAACCCAGUCGGAACCGUGCACGUCUCAAGAGAACUAUUAUAUGGGAUGCGCUGAUCAAAUGGAACUCGCUGAGUGCCAAUCAUAUCAAAACAUCCACCUGGAUGAUGAUUACAGCGUUCACAACGCACCAACUUAUCACCUAACCCAUCAACAAGGAGUCUAUUAUCAUCACUACAGUAAUCUCCACAGUAAUCCGCAUUCUAACUCUACAAGUCCUUACUACGGAAAUGCAUUCACCAGGAAUUUCAAUCAGUUCGGUUAUGGUCAGUUUAAAUCAGAAAUGUUGCCUUCACCGUCGCCAAACAGUUCAUAUGGAUCGUCAUCGGCAUCGUCAGAUGGCUCCAAUUCUUUAGAAGAGCAACAACAACGAUUUCAUAUGAAACAAUUCGUUAUGUAG